AUGCAAAAUUGGUUAACGUCCUGACUGUAUACAGAAGCUGGGUGCUUAUACUUUUUUUUUGGGAAAUCAGAAAUUGCUGAAUACUAUUUUAAUCUCGUGACUAUAAGACGAUCUGAUGUAAUUUGAAUUUUAAAUGCAUUUUAUAUCGGUUUUUUCUUUUAUGUAUAUAAAUUGAAACGCGAAAAAGCUGAAGAGGUCUUGGAAUCUUUUAAGAAGAAAUAUGCUCAUUUUUCACAUGAAGCUAAAUUUCAUCUUUAUAUGGCAGAAAUAGGCUAUAAGGUCAUUUUUAAUAUAAAAUAUGAACAAAAUGACAAAGAAUUUGAAGAACUCGGAAAUAAACUGAAAAAUAAAAAAUGAAGUGAUGAUACAUUCUUUAUGGGUCAUAUGGGCGCAGUGUUCAGAUCUUUUUGGAGCGAAGGCCAAAGCUGAAAUAAUAUAGCAGAAAUAAUAUUUAAUUGAGCAAUAGGAGGAAUGAUUGGGAAAAGUCCAUUGUUUGCUUAUACUUAUAUUGCGAAAUCUAAUUGGGAGCGAAGUCUUGGGAAUCAUGAAGUAUCGAGAGAAUAUUUGGUAAAGUCUUUGGGAAUGUUAAAAUCUGUUAUGUCGCAAAAGAAUGAUCAAGUAAAAAUGAUUGAAAACCAAUUAAUUGAGGUUGAGAAAGAAAUUGUAAAGAAAAAUAAUGAAAAAUAA